AUGACGACAUUCUCAACAGGCAGAGGUGGUGCUGGUAAUAUACAUCAUUUCAAAGAUAAACCAUCGGAAGAGAAUACGACUACGCAUUCGGACAAUACGCUGAAUAAUCUAUCACAGACGAUAUCCGGUGACAAAAGCAAUAAUAAAAAACCAGUUUACUAUUCCACAGGAAGAGGAGGUGCAGGCAAUAUGAAGAAAUCAGACCAGCUUCCAUCACCCAAACUAGUACCUCAAGGGUCAAACACACCUCACCUCACAACAUCAAAAAUAACAACAGGCCGUGGUGGAUAUGGCAAUAUGAUUGAUAAUAACGACCCCGAAUUGACAAGAAAACUACAAGAUGUCGAGCCUGAAGAUAUUGAUAAAGUGAAAAGUCACGAAUUGCAAGCUAUAAAUUCGAGAGGGUUUAGUGUUGGCCGUGGUGGGUUUGGUAAUGUAAUCCUGAAUUCAAGAAGUAGGUCUUCAUCAGAACACGAGAAUGGAAUACCUAAUUUAUACUCUGUUUCGUCGCAUGGCGAGAAAAAGCACAAGAAGAAGAAAGGUGGAUUUAUGGAAAAGAUUAAAGAGAUAUUUGCUUAG